AUGACCCAGGAACACAUCAGCCUGAGUGAUCUGGCGCAGUUGACAACUCACGUGUCUACGUUCCUGUCUAAGGAGCUUAAUGUCGGCCUAGGCGAUGUGGUUGCAGUCUAUUCGAGAAACUCGAUAUGGUAUCCUGUUGCCAUGUUGUCGGCUGUGCGCAUCGGGGCCAUGGCAUGUCCAAUCUCUCCAGACUAUACAGCUGAUGAGCUCAUGCAUGGCCUGAAUCUAGCUCGACCGAAAGUUAUAUUCACCAGUGUGGAACUCAUCAAUGGGGCUCAGGCAGCCGCUGAAAAACUCGGCGUCCCUCGACGACGUCGACGAGUGGACGCGAGUUCGGACCCUUUCGAAACGAACAGCAUACAAGACGUGGCAGCGAUCGGAAAGACAUAUUGCCCAGAAGAUCAGGCCUUGGUCUACCGGGUCCCGAGUGCCAAAACAAAUCACAGCGUAUGCGCAGUUCUUUGCUUCAGCAGCGGUACAACGGGGCUUCCAAAAGCCGUCAUGAUUUCCCACGCGAAUAUCAUAGCGCAAUGUCUUCAGAUCCAGCAGAUCACGCCAGUAGACCACGACAAGAUUCUCGCUGCACUACCAUACAACCAUAUCACGGGGAUAAUUCAUCAGCUGCACCUCCCAAUCUUGCUGCAAGCCAAUGUCUACAUUCUUCCCAAGUUCAAUUUCGAGGACAUGCUUCGCAUAGUGAUGGAAAACAAAAUCAAGGAACUGCUCACAGUUCCUCCAAUUCUCGUACGGCUAGUCCAACAGCCUCAUAUUGUGGCAAAAUACAACUUAUCCCAUCUUCGUCGCUUCUCGACAGGUGCUGCGCCGCUCCCGAACGAGAUAUUGAAACGGUUAGAGCAGCAAUUCCCCCAGACGGGCUUCAAGCAAGCAUACGGUAUGACAGAAUCAACUUCGGCAAUUUGUUCUCAUCCACCUACGAAGUACGCUUACAAAUACGGCUCGAAAGUGGGCAUGAUCGUUGCUUCAACCGAAGUCAAGAUUGUUGAUCCGGGAACCGGCCAGAUCUGUGGUGUUGGCGAAGCCGGAGAAAUAUGGGUUCGAGGGCCGCAAGUUGUCAUGGGAUAUCUUGAUAACCAAGAAGCAACAGCCGAUACCAUCGACCAGGCCGGAUUUCUUCACACAGGCGACAUCGGUAACGUUGACGAGGAAGGCUUCUUGAGUAUCACAGACCGAAUCAAAGAAAUGAUCAAGGUCAAGGGUGUUGGUGUUGCCCCAGCUGAAAUAGAGAACUUCCUCUUGGGCCAUCCUGCUGUUCAAGACUGUGCAGUCUGUGGCAUCUCUGAUGAGCGAGCUGGAGAACGCCCAAAGGCUUUUGUUGUCAUGGCAAAUUCAAGUCUAAAUCCAGUUGUGACUGCAGAGAAGCUCCUGGCGUUCAGCAAGAAGGAGUCGAGCCGGGAGAAGGCCAUCAAAGAGAUUGCAAUUGUCACAGCUAUUCCAAAAAGUCCAUCAGGCAAGACUUUGCGAAGGGAACUCAACAAGCUGCAGCAGGAAAGGAUUCUAGCAGUCGCGCAAGAUAAAAUCAUGUCGAGAAUGUGA